CUUCUAAAUUCUCAACAAAAACAAUAUUUCUCUAUUAAUUUCCUACUCAAAAAUCAUUGCACUACAAGUUGCCUAACAUAAUACUCUGUAAUUUUGUUUGUGCUGCGCGUGUCAACAAGAAAAUAAACACAAACCCGGCACAAUUCGUGUUUUAACAACAAUGUAGACGCAAACAAGCAAAUAUAAUGAUAAGUACAAAGCAAACGUGAUUAAGACACUUCUCUAUCACCGUAUAACAAUGAUAACAUAAGAAAAAUCAUUACUAACCAGCUGAUCUCAUUGCAUUUCAUUAUGGUGAGUGUAUGCAGACUGUUAUGGGGCCCUCAGAGGGCCAUCAAUUGCUACAUCAUCCUCAGCAUAUGGAUACUCAUCAUCAUAGCUGGCAUCUACAAGUUCCUAGAGCCAAUUCAGCCUCCGCCAGAAGCCACAAUCAUAUCAGAUCCGUUUCAACAUCUGGAAACUGAUGUAAAAACGCGCAAAAUCUUUCAGAUUUGCAAUGAGCCACAAAGUAUGAUACCAGGAGAUGAAGGUAUAUUAAAUGUUAAAUCAUGGAGUUUAAAGGGAGUUCUCAUCGUUUUUCGUCACGGCGAUCGCGGUCCUCUUCAACACAUCAGAAACGUCUCCACAGUUGAUUGUGGCACACCUGAAACCGACCUCCUAGCCGCAUAUCGUGCGUAUUUACACAAUGCGACAUUAUUAGGCAAAUCAAGCGCGUGGACAGGCCCUGGUUCGUUCCAUGGUUUCCCGUUAAUACCGACAAACGCGCGUCGGUGUCAUCUUGGACAGUUGACAAUGCGUGGCGUAGCACAGCUACUCACACUUGGCGAUCAACUUAAACACAGCUACACGGAAACCUGGCCACGUGCGAAAAAUCUCACCGCUGGCGAUGUGGCUGUGUACAGCACAAGGUAUCAUCGUACAUUCCAGAGUGCGCUAGCACUGCUCUACGGGCUUAUACCGGCGGAAACGCUGUCGAAACUUAGUUUUAUCGAGAGUCAAUCGAUGACGUUCUGUUUCAAGGACUGUGGAUGUCCAAUAACAGAAAAAUACUUCAAGGCUGUUUCGAAGUCAAUGGCGGAAAAUCUGCGCACGCAUCCCGCGAUAAAAACGCUUGCGCAAACGACAGGCAACUUAAUAUUCUCAACUGAUGCCGAGCAUGGACAUUUCGCGCAAGAUCCACAAUCGGUCCGGGAUGCACUUCUUACUUAUAUUUGUCACGAUAGUAAUUUACCGUGUGAUACGCCUACAAAUUGCAUACGGCGUCAAAAUAUUUUGGGUAUUUUUAUGUACCACGACUGGAUGACGAGCGUGCAGUGGAAAAACCGUGAACAACGCCGUCUGAGUCUUCUACUUUCCUACGGAUUAGUCAAACACAUCGUCGCGCAAAUGCUGCGCAUACUCUCAGAUGGCGCUCCGCAUCUAGUCGCAUAUUCAGGCCAUGAUCAUACGCUGUUACAACUCGCAGCAGCGUUGGGUUUACAUCAUGACGCUUCAUUAUGCCGGUACGCCGGGCGUUUGGUAUUCGAAGUUUACGCGAAUACAGCGGAAGGCGCCGGUCAGUCCGCUGGCGGCGCAUAUUUUCGAUUACUCGCCAACGGACGUGAUGUCACACGUCAAAUCGCCUUCUGUAAGAGCGCACGCGCACUCCGCGAACACGUUCAUGUCUGUCGCAUUGAAGACAUCGUGCGCUUCCUGCACGACGACUACUUCACCGCGUUCAACGUCACCAACUUCAAGGACGCUUGUUUUGCAAAGAGUCUCUAAUCACCGUCGCACACAAUUUUUCCAUCUGUGUGUUAUUUACGCGUCAGUUAAUUAUCGAUUCGUUAUCGCGCGCUGGAUGACACUCAUGUGUCAACAGCCUGUUUACACAACGCGUAACGAUAACGCGUUACGUUACAACAUCUAGUCAGCUAUUUCUUAUUAUUUAUUACUAUGCUAUAGUAUUCCUAUGGUUUAUCAGCGCGCCUGGUCGCGAUCUGUGUGCGGGAAUAAACACAAGUCUUCUCCAGUGAA